AUGGACACAAUAGAUCAAGCAGUUCCUAGAAUGAUGAGUAGUCAUGAGACAAACGAACUGACCUCUAGUCUGUAUCCCAAACCUCAAACUCAUAGCUCAUCACGUUUCUGGGCUCUGUAUAAUGACCACUUCGAACCUGGUCUGUUUAGAAAGAUGUUGGCAGAGGUGGUAUCAACGUUCCUGCUGGUGUUCAUGACAUGCGCUGCAGCUGCCAUAAAUGGAAGCGAUGAGCGGAGAAUCUCGCAACUGGGAGCAUCGGUUGCCGGUGGCCUCAUUGUGACGGUCAUGAUCUACUCUGUUGGUCACAUCUCCGGUGCACAUAUGAAUCCUGCUGUCACUAUUGGUUUUGCAUCUUUUCUGCGCUUCCCAUGGAAACAGGUCCCAUUCUAUGCAUUAUCACAAUUUACAGGAGCUAUUGCGGCUGCAUUUACGCUGCGAGCACUUUUGGACCCAAUAGACCGUAUUGGCACCACAACACCUUCUGGGAGCAAUGUUAGGGCUUUAAUCAUGGAAAUAGCUGUGACUUUUAACAUGAUGUAUAUCACUUCUGCUGUUGCAACUGAUGCUAAAGCCGUUGGAGAGUUGGCUGGUUUGGCUGUCGGUUCAUCGGUUUGUAUAACAUCAAUCGUUGCUGGGCCGGUGUCAGGUGGAUCUAUGAACCCAGCAAGAACAUUAGGCCCAGCAAUCGCGAGUAGAGAGUUCAAAGGGCUUUGGGUGUACUUUGUGGGUCCAGUGACUGGAACAUUGCUUGGGUCAUGUGUUUACAAGGUUCUUCAGCUGAGUGAGCGCAAGCCCAUCAUUGCUCCGUCCGUUUCACUCAGACUUCGUCGUAUGAUAAGCACUGAUGCUGCUCAGGCUCGCGACAAACGCCAUGCUACUUCUGUUUAAAACCACUGCAAUGAUAAUAUUUCCCUAAUUACAACGUAAGUACGUUUGGUUAGCCUUCCAAUAAUAUUACUCCACUGGAUGGAGUGAUUGCACCUGUGAAAGUGACUAUAUAUAUAUAUAUAUAUAUAUAUUUGUAUGUUGUGAGUGUGCCUAGCUCUAAGUUAAGUUUGUUUGUACUCAGCAAGCUUAAUUAUAAGACUACUGCUUUAGAUUAUGUGUAUCUCGUAGAGUGUGUGAUGGGAUUGCGACUGAAAGGUGUAAUA